UGUCCAUGUGCAACAAUGGCGACGCGCAAGGAAUCAUCCGCUGGAGCGCCUUCGUCACUCGAUUCCCAAGUGAAACGCGUUCAGAUCGACGGACUGGUGGUGCUAAAGAUCAUAAAGCAUUACCAGGAGGAAGGCCAGGGCAGCGAGGUGGUACAGGGUGUCUUGCUGGGACUGGUGGUCGAUGACCGACUGGAGAUCACCAACUGCUUCCCGUUUCCCCAGCACACAGAGGACGAUGCCGACUUUGACGAAGUUCAAUACCAGAUGGAGAUGAUGAGGAGUCUCCGUCACGUCAACAUCGACCACCUCCACGUCGGCUGGUACCAGUCUACCUACUACGGCUCCUUCGUGAGCCGAGCUCUGCUGGACUCCCAGUUCAGCUAUCAGCACGCUAUUGAGGAGUCCGUGGUGCUUAUUUACGAUCCCAUCAAGACGGCGCAAGGCUCGCUGUCCCUCAAAGCCUACAGGUUAACACCUAAACUGAUGGAGAUCUGUAAAGAGAAAGACUUUUCUCCGGAAGGGCUGAAGAAAGCGAACAUCGGCUACGAGCACAUGUUCGAAGAAGUGCCGAUCUCCAUCAAGAACUCUCACCUGAUGAACGUGCUGAUGUGGGAUUUGGAGGACAAGAGCACCCUGGCUGACAAACACGAACUACUCAGUUUAUCCAGCAGCAACCAUCUGGAGAAGAGUCUACAGCUGCUGAUGGAUCGCGUCGACGACAUGAGCCAAGAAAUCGUCAAGUACAACACCUACUGCCGCAACCUGAGCAAGCAGCAGCAGCAGAAACACCAGUACUUGCAGAGGCGACAGCAGGAGAACGCUCAGCGACAGAGUCGAGGAGAACCGCCGUUGCCUGAGGAGGACAUCAACAAGAUGUUCAAACCCCCGCCGCCUCCUCCGCGCAUGGACACACUCCUCAUCGCAGGACAAAUCAACAACUACUGUCAGAACGUGAAGGAGUUCACCUCGCAGAACCUCGGCAAGCUCUUCAUGGCAGAGGCGCUACAAGAACACAGCAGCUGAAGAGCAGAACCGGAGGAACGACUGAUCGGAAACAAUCACGGGGAUCGAGUGUACACUGCCAAACAUUUUACAUCGCUAGCUAUCCCAAGUGCAAAUUAGAUCCAUAUCAUCAUGAACAUUGAAAGAAACUGUAUCUAAGUGGACGCUAAUAAAAUGUGUGCAUCUCACUGCUGGGCUUCGGUCUGGUUUGUUUUUGCAUAAUGGAGACUCUCGGAUGUAAGAGUCUGUCUCGAUUUCUCUGUGGUGGUGUUCUUCUCUUUCAUCACUGUGUUGCAGUCGUGGUGUGCUGAAAUGCAGCGCUGUCCAAAUUUAACCCCAAGCCUCUCAGAACAAAGCUUGUGUGUCUACGUGUCAUCAUAUCACGUGGCUGAUUGGACGUUGUAUGAACAAAGCCAUGAGCAAAAUUAUUGGAACCCUUCAUAAACAAAAGGAACUCUUAAUGCUUCAGCUUCAUACCAAGAUUUUUGGACAAUUUCAUGCUCCCAACUUUGUGAGAGCAGUUUGGGGAUGACCCCUUCCUGUUCCAACAUGACUGCACACCAGUGCACAAAGCAAGGUCCAUAAAGACAUGGAUGAGUGAGUUUGGUGUGGAGGAACUUGACUGACCUGCACAGAGUCCUGACCUCAACCCCAUAGCACACCUUUGGGAUGAAUUAGAGCGGAGACUGUGACCUUCUCGUCCAACAUCAGUGUAUGACCUCACAAAUGCACUUCUAGAGGAAUGAUCAAAAAUUCCCAUAAACACACUCCUAAACCUUCUGGAAAGCCUUCCCAGAAGAGUUGAAGCUGUUAUAGCUGCAAAGGGCGGGACAACGCCAUUUUACAUUCAUGUGGUGUUUUUUUUGUGUUGAACUCUUUGUUGUUGUAUGUUUAUGUAGCACCAGGUCCUGGAGAAACAUUGUUUCAUUUCACUCUGUACUGCGUCAGCUAUAUGUGGUUGAAAUGACAAUAAAGCUUCCUGAAUCUUGAAUCUUGAAUCUUGAAUGGGCAUUUAAAGGCAGAUGUCCCAGUUUUGGCCUGACUCAGAGUCUCUGCUCUAAUUCAUCUCAAAGGUGUUCUAUCAGGUUGAGGUGCAGGCCAGUCAAGUCGAAGUUUGGUGUGGUUGGUCAAACCACACCAAACUCGCUCAUCCAUGUCUUUAUGGGACCAUCCCCCAAACUGUUCCCACAAAGUUGGGAGCAUGGAAUUGUCCAAAAUGUCUUGGUAUGAAGCUGAAUCAUUAAGAGUUCCUUUCACUGGAACUAAGGGGCCGAGCCCAACCCCUGAAAAACAACACCUGAAUUCAAUGAUUUACUGUUUUGUGUUUUUUUUAUGUGUUUUUACAAAUAUUGAUACUUCU